AUGGAACGAAUUGACAUUCAUUGCCAUGCCGUACCUGCGGGGUAUCGUCAAUAUGCGCUCGAUAACGGUCAUGAGAAGCCCGACGGGAUGCCAGCCCUCCCUGACUGGACUCCGGAGGAGCACAUUGCGUUGAUGAAAAGUUUGAACAUCAGCAAGUCGAUCCUCAGCAUAACGUCUCCGGGGACACACCUUACUCCGAACCAGGACCGACAUGCCGCAGGGAUGACUCGUCAGACCAAUGAGGAGCUUGCUGCCAUUUGCAAACAGCACCCCUCCCACUUUGGCUUCUUCGCGUCUUUGCCACUGCCUUCCGUCCAGGAGUCCGUUGCAGAGAUGGACUACGCGCUAGAUGUCCUAGGUGCAGUAGGAUUCGCCGUCAUGUCUAACGCAAGUGGGGUUUAUCUCGGAGACAGGGCCCUUGAUCCCAUUUUUGAGCGGCUCCAUCAGCGGAAAGCCAUCCUCUUCAUCCAUCCGACUACAUGCAACUUGCUAAGCGCCGGUGGCCAGGUGCAACCGAUGAAGCCGCUCGAAGAAUACCCUCGCCCAAUGAUGGAAUUCAUGUUUGAUGAGACGCGCGCCAUAGCCAACUUGCUCCUCUCAAGCACGGUAUCCAAGUACCCCGGCAUCACCUUCAUCAUGUCUCAUGGGGGCUGCGUGCUGCCCUCCAUUGUGGAUCGCAUCGGCGCCUUCGCAACUUUCAACGGAGGCGAAAACAGAAGUGAGGAAUUCAGGGGCUUACUUCGAGAAAGGUUCUUCUUCGACAUGGCCGGCUUCCCCUUCCCGGACCAAGUCCAUGGGCUGCUCCGGACUCUGGGGCAAGGUGGAGAGCGGAGACUUGUCUACGGAAGUGACUAUCCAUUUACCCCUGGAAAAGUCGUCCUAGACUUGGGCGCCAAGAUGGACCAAGGAUGCAAGGAGCUAUUUGACGAGGACCAGAGACAGGCUGUGUAUUCGGGCAAUGCAGAAAGAAUGCUCCGACAACUCUGA